CUCUGUCGUUAAAAGUGUUUUGUGGAGCCACGCUGUUUGCUGAUGUGUUAAUUAAACACAUCAGCAGCAAGAGAGAGUUUUGUAGCUUUACUGGAACAUUGCUGAAAUACUUUAAGGACAACUGCAACUACCCUCAAGAGAACUCGUCAGGCGGCGUGAGGAAACAUUUCAUUCAAGUCAGAAGCUUCACAGCUUGCUACCUCACUCACCUGAAGUCAUCAGAGAGAAGACAGAGAGCAGCGAUACCCACCAUCCCACCCUGGGCUGGUCGGACCCCAUUCCACAGCUCUGCUCUGGACCAUGGUCCUUCAUUCCACCUGUAUCAUGAGCAUCCCUUCCACUGCCAGCAUUGAUAGCCAGCUACCCACAUCAUGGAGCUCCUACACAUUUCCAGAAACAUUCACCUCAGUUUCCACAGUGAUGCCUAGUUAUACCAGUCGCCUGUGGUCCCAAGACUCACAGCCUCAGUAUUGGUCAAAGUACCAGGUUUGGGAGUGGCUGCAGCAGAUGCUGGAUAUGCACCAGAUUGAUGCUGCCAGCAUCCCUUUCCAGAACUUCGAUGUGGAUGGCCGUCAGCUGUGCAGCAUGACCUUCCAGGACUUUACCCGGGCUGCGGGCUCUGUGGGCCCUAUCCUCCAUCAAAGCCUCAAUGAACUAAAAUGGAACAGUCAGUUUCCUGGUGUGGACUUUUCACCACUGGAUGUUAUUAAAUCAGAGCCAGAUGAUUUCCCAUGUCCAUUCCCAGAAUCUAACAUAUAUGCUACAGAUAUCUAUGAUCCCUCCUUUCAAUCUCUUGUACCUGUGGCCUCUCCAACUCCCUCCAGUCCAGAUACAAAGAGAUCUCACAGUCGCCCUUACCAAGUAAAAAAACACAACCCCAGAGGGACCCACUUAUGGGAAUUCAUUAGGGACAUUCUGCUGAACCCAGAGCGGAAUCCAGGCCUGAUCAAGUGGGAGGACCGAACUGAAGGAGUGUUCCGCUUCCUCAAAUCAGAGGCUGUAGCUCAGCUGUGGGGAAAGAAGAAGAAUAAUAGUAGCAUGACCUACGAGAAGCUCAGCCGAGCAAUGAGAUAUUAUUACAAACGGGAAAUACUGGAACGUGUAGACGGACGAAGGCUUGUUUACAAGUUUGGAAGGAAUGCACGAGGAUGGAGGGAGUCAGAGAAGUGAAAGGAGUAUCUGAGGACACCUCCAUAUUUUGUACCUUUUUUAACCACCAUGUGAAGAUUUAUAUUUAUGUUAUUUGGAAUAAUUUUAAUGUGUUAGUGUGAUGUACUUGACAAUAUUGUUUUACUAAGAUGAGCAGAAUGCAGCAACUCUUAACUGUUUGGGGAGUUUGCGUAUCCUAUGUUUACAUAUGGUUAAGAAAGACUAUAUUUGAUAGCUUACAUUUUUCCUCUUCAGAGAGUGAUGACAAUUUGCACUGAAAACUACUUUUUACUGUACAGCAAAAAACAAUGAUACAAUGUAGAUGCAUGGCCCAAGCAUCAGCGUGUAAAGGGUAGGACGUCGUUGUACAUUUAAAUAUUUCUAGCUUGUGAUACAUGCUAAUGUGAAAGCUACUUCAGGAAAAAUUAUACUUUAAAAUAGGUGUACCAGUGUUGAUCAUUGGGCAAAUUGUUUCUGUCUGUUACAAUAAAUGGAUAAAACAUAAACAUAUGAUCUUCCUGUGACUGUAAGUGGUAGACUCAUUAGGAAAGUCAAGGCAGGAUCACAUUUAUUUUUAUAUUGAGUAAGAAAUAUACAGCUUUUAUAGUGUGAAGGAACAAAGAACUCAAACAAGAACUGAAGAUGAGCAUACAAGCCUGGCAAGAAAAUGAAAGUACUGGUCUGGUCGGGCAGAAUACCUAGGGUAUGCCGAGGUCAAUGAGUCACAGACUUUAGGCAGCAAAAUUUAUGUAAUCAAAUACUAAACAUAAUUAGAAAUUAUAUUAAACUGUUCCAGUAAUUUUGGUACUAAAUAGAAAGCAUUGCAAUUUCUCAGUGGUGAAGCCAAUAUGUACACUAAUACCUUCAAAUUAAACUUGGUAAACUCAGUCUUGCGUAAUUGGUCAAAUGCUUAAUUCAUUUCUGGGUCAAUGUGUUAGAUGAGAUUGGAAGCAGAACAAUGAGCUCCAGCCUCUCCAUUUCAAAAUGACAAACAAGUGUACUGUAUGGGCCAAUUCACUGCUCACCUUCCAAAUGUUUGUGAAUUUGGGAUAUGCCCAAGGUGCCAGAACUAAUGCUGCUCAUUGUGUCAAGCAAAAUGUUUCAUAAUGUAUCUACAGUACCAUUAAUGCUAACAUAGUCUGUCCAUGGUAGAAUUAAUACCUUUACUUCAUAGUAGUUGUAAAUGUACAAUCCAAAGUUUUGGAGCUCACAGCUUCACUGGCCCAAUACUUACAGGGAUGUCCUCUCCUGCGUGGUCUUUUCUAUGCUUUAUCUCCACUCAUCUUUGCUUACAGAAAGCAUGUGUGCGGACCAUGUGUGUUUACAUUUAAAUAGUAAAGAAAACACCAACCUGUGUUGAAAUUAGCUGAAUUAUAACAUCUCUUUGUGGUUAUGGUGUUCUCUAGCUAAUAUUUCUGCGAUAGCGUAGUGCUUUAUAACAACAACAAAAGCCACGCACUAGCCUAAUACUGUGGCACAUACAGUAUUGGCAAAUCCAUACUGUGGCACAUACUUGUACCGUUUAGUAUAAGACGGUGUGUUGUCCAGCACAGAAAUCUCAUUCCUGCAUUCCUGAACAAUUUUGAGUCAAACAAAUCACACAGACCUAGAGAUUUCUCUAGCAUGAUCCAAACCAUCUAAGGGUUUUCCAGGUUUAAAUGCCCCUUUAAGGAGAACACAAUAAAUGAGAACAUGACUCUUCCAACUUUUAUCUGCAAUCUCAGAACCUGCAUACAAAAUGCUGUAAAUGAUGUCAUGUGCAUGCUUCAAGAUGGAGCACUAUCAUCUCGAAUUGCCUUGUCAACUUUUAUACAUCCUUUUAAUACACAAUGUUGUAAAAUGAAAUGAGUUAUUAUUAUGUAUCUAUCAAGAA